AUGGCCCAUCAGGAUUCACUUCGUCAAUUCCAAGAGAUACAAGCAGUCGUCGCCCGUUAUGGAACCAUUUUUGCAAACAUUAAACCUCCGCAGGUCGUUUAUGAGGAGGAGAAGCAAAGCCUGCGCAUUCAAGUUCGCGCUGCACUCACCUCUUUGUGUGGCGCAGAGACGGAGGAAGAGACCUCGACCUACGAAGAUAACGUCAUACACUUGAAUGGUCAGAUCAAAAAGCUGGAAAACCUUUACGCUACCAACAGCGACCAAUAUGUCAGAGAAUAUGAGGCUAGACUCAGAGAGACAAUGGAUAACCUUCGUGACCGACUGGCACAUAUUUUGGCAUUGACCAGUCCAACUCAAAAUCAAACGCCAAUCAUCCAAAAAGCUGGUGAACAAGGACCACCGGAUCAGCACCAGGACAAAGUCUCUCCAGACGUCGAAACUCAUGAGACUGAAGCAGCAAAAUCAUCUCACGCGUCGCAAGAUAUACGGAUUAAAAUUGGAACCGAUCUCACGACAAAUGAAUCCCUCAAAAGGGACGCUCCCCGUAACGAAGUAGUCGAGGCCAUCCCGGAACCGGAAGAUGCCAUCGACCAAGGCCCAACGUUUGACAACCAAGAAGACCAUCACGUGGAUAAUGACAAGACCAACGAUGAUGCAGUCAACGGCGAUGAGAACGCAGAUAUCGAAAUGCCUGAUGCCCAUCAGCCUAUAGAGGCUGGACCAACAAAACCCGGGAAUGAGCUUCCUGAAAAGUUUGUGGCCAAUAUCACUCCUGCCAGUGGAAAUUUGCAGACUGCUCCUCUAUCACCAGUCUCAACUUGCGAUGAUGACAUCACUGCACGUCGAGGCACUGCACAACGGCAUAGAUCAUCAGGGUCUAUGAAUGCGCCACCCCAAAAUAUUCCCCCCUCAAAGAGCAAAGAAACCUUGUCCAAGAAACGAAAAGCGUCGACGCCAGUCUCUGGCACAGAUAAACGCCACAGAACUGACCUAACGAGUUCAACAGGGUCGCCACAAAAGAUCACAACAGAACAGCCAUGUCAGACUACAACAGAAACAUCUCGCACGUCCACAACAGAACGUUCAAACAAACCAUCAAUGCCUGCAGUGGUAGAGCCUGCAGAGAGAGUGCUACGGCGCAGCCACAGACACAUCGAAGAGUCGACAGAUAAUGACAAAUUCGAGGGUAUCUUGAAUCCUAAACCCGGAAACAUCUAUACCACCUACUGGAAGAAAACCAAAGAAUGGCUUGCUGUUGUAUUGCUCCCCAUGGGCGACUUUUCCACUGUGGGCAUUCCAGGUUCCAUUGUAUCGUGCGAUCUGAUAGAAACUUUACCCCCUUGCUACAACAAGAUACCAAAGAGGGGCAAAUACGUAUGGGCUAAAGGCUACAGGAACCGAGAGGCUCAUGAAAAGGAGCGUAUGUUUCCUGUUAUGUUUUUCGACGGCCGUCCUUUUCCCGGCAAGAGUGCCAUCAUGUGGAUUGAAGCUAGAGAAUUACGUGACUUUGAUCCCAAGCAAAAGCAUAGGCUUAUUCCUUACCUCAAGACAGUUCGCGGAUACCUCCAAUCAAGGGAAUGGUCCGAGGACGAGGACGAGGACGAUUCAGAUGAGGGCUCAGAAGAAGAAGAAGAAGUUGAGGAAGAUGAAGGCGAAACACCAGAGGAAGAUGAAGGCGGAGACGCAGAAAGAGAUGAGAGCGGAACAAGAGGAUAUGAUGAAGGUGGAACAGGAGAAGAUGAGCGAACCAGAGAAGACUCAGUAUGGCAGGAAGAUCCAGAACCUGAAUCCUCUCAACAGACGGAUGCUGAAGAGCAGGAGACACUGCCCACAGAAGAGGACACCGAAAUUCUUAACCAUGCAACAGAGGAAGGGGAAAGUCGAAAUAUCCAACCACGUAGUCAUCAGAAACAUUCAAAGCAAAAAGAUGUAGAGACACAAGGAUCAGCUGAUGAACUGACUGAGCCCUCCUUGCCGGAUCAUCACGAAACACCGAACGCAAAAGCUCAAAUCGAUGAGCCUCUACCCGAAUUUGAAUCCGAGGAACUUGCGUCACUAGUCAAUGAUAUCCCGUCCCAGCCUAGGAACCAGCAAGAAUCGCAACAGCAAGAUCAAUCACAAUCAAGAUCUGCAUCCUCAGACUUACCACAACAUCAGAAGAAACAUCUACUGCAAAGCCACUUUCCAAAUUCGUUUUGGCCUACAGUGUCGGCGGCGCUCCCUACACUCACAUCUGUCGCACCAAGACCCGAUCUCGAUCGUCGACAGGAACUCCAUCACGUACCACUCCCCGCUCUCGUUACCGGAGACUCUACACAACGGCCAGGAUCGCUGACAGUCAGCACCGAACCAGAAACGCAAGAUUCAGCAUUGCAUCCCCUCCAAGACCCCGGUGCAGAAGGGGUGAAGAGGAACCCUUGCAUAACAAGCGAUACUUUCAUCACAGAUUCGGAUGCUUCUGUGAAAAGGCCCUCCAGGUCGCAGCUGCCUAGUUCCCAAGCGCCUACGUUGCAAAACCCGGAUCUACGCCAUUAUUUGCCCUUUUCCAGCUGUCCAGCACAAGCUGCUCAUCAAAUUAUCAAUAGUCGAUUAAAAGAUACCCUCCCUCAGCAACCAGGACCUCAUCAAGAGGACAGCAAUGAGUUUCAUAACGACCACACCACAAAAUCAUUUCAUAGUUCAUCUCAUCCUCGACCCAUGCCAGUUGAGACUUGCCCACAACCUCAAUACUCAGCACAAAAGGACACGAACGAUGCCUACGCAACCCAAAGCUUGUCAGCGAUAGACCCUGGCAGUCGGGCCGUAAUGGAAGUGAUCCCCCCUCGGCAGCCUCAAGUACCUACACCUCUGCCAGCUCAGAAUCCCGUGUCCUAUGCCGUGGUUGUACCACCACAACAACUUGAACGUCAGCCAGUACAGCCCCAAGAACCUCGGGCGAUCUCUGAUAACACACAUGUUUCUGCACAAUCAAUGCGUCAGUUAUAUCAAAACAUCAACCUGCCCACACGCACAGAUGACGAAUCGUCUCAAGAACAAAGGCAGUCUUUAUCAGACAAUCAGCCAGCGCCACCAGCCGUUAUAGAGUCUUAUCACAAAUACCGGAUGCCAGCUUUAAAUGACGAAUUUCAGCAGCAGCGCGACGCGCUUCAGGCAGAAUAUGAGCGUUCAAGACAAUUCGAUACGCAGGACGAACAAAUGUAUGCUGAAAGAUGUCAUCUGGACCCUAGCCAUCCAUGCUUUCACCCCCGCCGCAGUAAGAUUGUUAUCCAUGGCAAUUAUUUCCCUGAAAGCCUCCAAAGAUACCUGCAUAAUUACAAGCCAAUGAGCGGAUCAUCACCAGGCUGGGCAGUCUUUGGCUUUCAGACAUCUGACGGAAAGGGAUACUGGUGUCCGUUUUGCACCGAAUACGAAAAACAUGGAUCCCGGUCUCACUUGCAAGUUGUAGAAACUUACAAGGUGUUCAGGUGCUUCAAGCAACAUCUAGUCAAGCAUUGGCUGGGCUCUACUGGUCCUAUAACAAAGAUGAAUGGACAAUAG